GAGGGGAUUAGAAAUAAACAUGAUCCUCUAGAUGAGGUUUCCUCUUAUCUAAGAGUACCUAUCAUUCAGCGAUGAUGUUGACACUACCAGAUCUGUUUAAACAGAUCUUAUCAUGGAAAGGAAAGUGAAAGGGUUUAGCUUUAAGUCUAGUUUGUUGGAUUUGCUGUUUCUGUGAAGUACAGGGAAACAUGUUUGGUAAGUAACGGGGUUGACAGAUGGAGGGAAAAGGCCCAUAUCGCAUCUAUGACCCCGGUGGGAGCGAUUGCCAGGUCAAAGACGAGGCCAGCAGCCUCAGCUACAGACAGCUGCUAGAGGAAAACACCGUUUUGAGGGAGAGAAUGAAAGGUCUGAAGAGUUUAGGAGACCUGUUAGAAGAGUCUCAGACAGAGGCAGCAAAACUUCGGAAGAGGGUGGAGGAGUUGGUGAGGGAUAAUGAAGUGCUGAAGUCAUCUACGACCAGCUUUGCCUCGAGCCUAUGCAUGGGUGCCCCUGUUCAGACAGACAAACAAGGUCAUGGAAAACUGCGCAGUCAUCCUACAGCAGAAAGACAAGAAUCUCGGGAUUGUUUAACUGGAAAUACUUUACAACCAGAGGCAACUGAAAGUUCAUCUGAGUUUGAGGUGGUGAAUAUGGAAGAGAAGAUGCUCUCUGAAACCCAGACGCAGGCUGGAGUGACGCACCUGCCACAGGAGAACAUGGAGCUGGCGAGUCAACUCCGACGACUGGAGAGUUCUUUCAGUGUAUUUGCUGAAGAGUCUAAUCCCAACCAGCUGCUGGCUCACCUGGGCCGCAUGGCGGUGGAGUUCCACCACUUAUCAUCCAAGGUCCAGAAGAACGAACAGAGAACAUCUCUCCUACAGACGCUCUGCGAACAGCUAAGACAGGAAAACAACGAGCUUAGGAAAAAAAUGGAGGAGGAUCUUCAGUACCGUAACCGUGAUUUGGAACAGCUCAGGCAGGAGAACCUGAAACUGAAGGAGCAGGUCAGCGGAGGAGGCCAGGCAGCACCUAUUGAGCAACCAAGCCCCAAAAAGGAGCCAGUGAAAGAGGAUGCAGCCAAAACCAAGGUGGAAAUGACCAUGACUCAGCAGUCUGGUAAAGCUGUGGAAAAAACACCAUCUAAGACUUGCGAUCCAGAGGUGUACGAGAAGAAGAUCAAGCUUCUGGAGAAACAGAGGAAAGAUGUACUGGAGGUGAACAAACAGUGGGACAUUCAGUGGAAUUCUAUGAAAGCACAGUUUGAGCAGAAGAUCACAGACCUACGGCAGCGGCUUGCCGACUCCCAGAAGGCCGUGCUUGAGCUCGAAGCAGAACGUGAACAGAGACAAAGAGAUUAUGAUAAAAAACUCCUUCUCGCAAAGUCUAAGAUUGACAAUGUGCAGGGUGAGAAGGAGUGCCUCACCUCAGAGACAUGUGAGUUGAAACAAAAGGUGCGUUACCUGCAGGACCAGUUGUUGCCACUUACUAAACAAAGAGAAUACCAGGAGAAAGAGAUCCAACGGCUCAACAGGGCAUUAGAGGAAGCUUUGAACCUCCACUCUCCCGCUUCCACCCAACCAGGCAUGAACCUGGGAGAAGGUGUGGCCAACCUGAGACAGCAGGAGCUGCACACACAGAUAGCUGUUUUGAAGGAGCAGGUGAAAAUCUUUGAAGAGGACUUCCGGAAGGAGAGGAGUGAUAGAGAGAGGAUGAACGAAGAGAAAGAAGAUCUGAGGCGGCAGGUGGAAAGGCUGCAGGGUCAAAUGACCAAUCUGACAAAUCAGCUUCAUCAAGCACAGAAUGAGUGUCAGAGAGAGCGUGCUGAGAGGUGUAAACUGGAGAGACUACAGAUGCAACAUAAGCAGAUUUUGUUUUUCCAUGUUUUGGAGGGGCAACAAGAAAGGAGGACGUCCGAUCCCACUUCUGGCUCUGCCAAUGGCCCGAUAGGCCCGAUAAGCCCUCCGUACUGUGGCCCCUUUGUACAGGUGGGCCAUCAAGGUCUAGAGGGGUGGCCCAUACACUUCCCGCCCAGGAUGCCCAACAUUAGUACGGCACCUGGCAGGGAUUUCCAGCCUGUCAACCCCGGUUUUCCCUGGCAGUCAUCUUUCCCACAACCACGUGGUUCCAGAGGACAAGCAGACACAGCGAGACCCCCUCCAGAAACUGCAGAAAUGGGAGCAACUGGAUUUGGGAAAAGGGAGCGUCAGAACAUAGAUCCCGGAAAGCACUAAACGCAUUUUCUCUCUCCUGGAAUGGCUCCCGGCUAGUAGCAUGAUGCAGUUUAUUUUCAGUUGGCAUGGUGUGAACUAUUGUUUUUUUUUUUUCCUACUGUGUAUAUAUAUAUAUCUACCACUGAUGAAAAUGUUGUUUAUAUACUUAAGUUUUAUAAUCCUGUUUGUGAAACACUGUUCUGGCAAAUUAAGAAUAUAUACAUUUAUUAUUUUACCUUUUUAUUAUUGUUGAAGUUUAAAUUAUCUGCUUUAUAUAAUUCUAUGCAGGAAUUGAAGUCAGUUAUUUAAUGGAUAAUAUGAUUGAACGUUAUUUUUUAUAACAAUCUACCUAUAGAGUUAAAUCUCCACUGCUUAAUUGAAUAAUAACCACCUGAAAACAGUAUAUUUAGUGAUUCCCUGACAUAUAAGAAUGUGUUUUGGUAUUGAUGCAUCUACAAAAACGUAACUCUAUAGGUGAAUUGUCUUGAAAAUGGCUAACAGUGGAAUGUGACUGAACUGAUUCAUGAUUCCUUCAUUGGCCGUGGUUGGGAUGGUCACACACUGUCUGCGUAUGUCACCACAGGGUGGCGUUACUCUCUGACUGGUCAUCUGUCCCAUUGUUUAAGGAAGCCAUAUACUGUACAACACCUGUUAAACCUUUCCAUAUAUUAGAUUAUGUUCUUCACAUGGCUUGUUGAUCUUUCAGAUAUUAUGACUGUAAUUGAAAUAAUUGAUCAAGGAGGGCCUUCAUCUGGUCCUAGUAAAUGGUCGCCAGAAGUAACAGUAGUUUUGCUUAAUAUUGUUCAUGAUUCAGUGUUCAAAAACAUUAUUCCCGAUGUGCAAAUGGAAGUGAUAAGUUAUUUAUAUCUAUUGUUUUGACAGCAGAGUGUGGUUUAAUGUCUUAAGUAAUGUUGUCUUUAGUGUAUUGUUUUGUGUCUCCCUUUACAUAUUGUAGCUACUGGAAGAUUGUAGGAUUUGAGUUUGUGCAUAUGCACAGUCACAGAAAGUGGGCCAGAAUAAAUAAGUUAAUGCAUCA